AUGAUUGACGAAAUAGUCAAGCAUUUGUUUCUGAGCGAUGCGAGCAGUGUGAUCACUUUGAAGGGGCAAGAAGAAGUUAGACGAUUACAGAUAUCACACAUACUGACCGUUUCUGCGAUGUGUAUACCGGAAAAGUCUCAGAUACCAAAUGUUGAAUACAAGUUUUUAUUUGCUCUUGACAUGGCAACACAGGAUAUGUUUGCAAACAAUCUGCUAACAGAGGCUUUAAGCUUCAUAGAAACGGCCUUGAACGAUGAUGGUAACGUCCUCGUGCACUGUGAAUUGGGCUUUUCAAGAUCUGCAUUCAUUAUUGCAGCCUUUGUAAUGCGUAGGUAUCAGUGGACGGUUGAAAAAGCAAUAACUCACGUUCGUAGUUGCCGACCGAACGUUCAACCAAAUGACGGGUUUAUGAAACAACUGGGAAUAUUUUACAAUCUUGGUUAUAAGGCUGACUUUGAUUCUCUUUCGCAUUGUGCAGAGUAUCGCAACUGGUGUUAUUCGAGCGGCCAUAUCUACCAAAUGGUGCCAAAAGAAGGCGCAGGAGAAACGCAUAAAGGUAGUGAAACCGAAUUUGUUUGCCGGAAGUGCAGGAAACUUUUGUUUUACGACGAUCACCUAUUAAAGCAUAGUCCGCAGGAAGAAAAUGAUCAACCGAACGCAGAUGGUGACGUCCAAGGUGAAUGUUCGUUUGGCUUCCUUUUGACACCUAUGAAAUGGAUGGACCUUAGCGCAUAUGAGGGGAAGUCCGACUCAGGCGACACAAGGGCGGCGAGGAGCGGAAGGAGGGGUUUUGAAGUG